UCAAUCGAAAUGGCAGAAGGAGGAGGCAACAGCAAAUCAGAAGCACAUGUAGAUGGCAGUGAGGACCAUGAUAGCUCUCCAAGCCCAGAGGAGAACACACAGGACUCCAUUUCCCAAAGGAUGGAGCACAUUCUCAAGUCAUUUCAGGACUUUGCAGUAUCAGAUGAAGCUCCCCCACAGGUUCUUGAGGAGGUUAGCUUUGAAGGUAUUGUCAAGUACAUUAAGAGUGGCAAGUGCAAGAAUAUAAUAACUAUGACUGGAGCAGGAAUAUCCACAUCUGCUGGGAUUCCAGAUUUUCGUAGUCCUGGUACAGGACUUUAUGACAACCUACAGAAGUAUGAUCUACCAUCACCUCAAGCAAUAUUUGAAAUAGGCUAUUUCAAAGAAAACCCAGUUCCUUUCUUCACACUUGCCAGAGAACUAUGGCCAGGAUCAUUCAAGCCAACUCCAUGCCAUUACUUUUUGAGACUGCUGCAUGAAAAAAAUCUUCUUUUGAGGGCAUUCACACAGAACAUCGACACACUGGAGCGUGUGGCGGGUGUUCCGGAGGAGAAGUUGGUGGAGGCUCAUGGGACAUUUGCCACAUCACACUGUGUGGACUGUCGACAGAAAUACUCCCAAGAAUGGAUUAAAG